AUGACGACCACCACCACCACCUCGACCUCUUCACCUAUAGGUCUAUUCAUUCAACCUGCAUGCCUUCAACACAAGUACAUCCGGCAUGCCAACUCGUCCCAUAUAUUCGAGAGACCAGAGAGGUUGAGAGCAGUGUUGCUGGGAGUGGCAGCUGCCAUCGCUAGGUUGGAAGAUGUCGAUCCAACCACUCAACCAGCAACGGCACAAUCAAACGCAGAUGACUUAUCAGGAUUACUCUCGUCACUCUCCAUCGGAUCUUCCUCCUCUUCGAGUUCGAGUAUAACAUCCCUUUUGAACAUCGUCCCACCACCUCCUCAACCUUCUAUACCUGGAUCGAUUCUACAGCAUCACCCCGCCGUCCAACUUGCCCAUUCACCCGUACCGGAAUCACCUUUCCCGUAUCUAGGUCAGGGAGCAUCAUCAUCGUCGUCGUCUAUCAGUGGGAAUAUACCAUCUUCACCAUAUCUCAAAGAUUUAGUCAAAUGGGCAUCAGAAGCUAUAGAAAAGAUCAAAGAGACUGGAUGUGAGAUCCCUCCUGAUUUAGGGUUGAAUGCGGGUGAUCUAUACCUGGGACCUGGUAGUAUAGUAGCUAUUGAAGGUGCUAUACAAACAGUUUGUCAAGCUGUUGAUCACGUCGUAUCGUCAAGAACACCACCUUCCACACCUUCUUCAGCUCCUAGCAGUGAUGCACCAUCUACUCCACCUGCACAAAUCAACAUAGGGAAUCGAUAUUUCAAUACUCCACCUCAAGAACAAGCUUCCAGCUCGAAGAUGACAGGUUCGCCAUUCAGUAAAGCUUUCUGUGCUAUAAGACCACCAGGACAUCAUUGUGGUGAAGAUCUACCUUCUGGAUUCUGCUAUGUCAACAAUGUAGUCAUUGGAGCUAUGCACGCAUAUCUACAGCAUGAUAUAGAUAGAGCAAUAAUAAUAGAUUUCGACCUUCACCAUGGGAAUGGCACUCAAGCUUUGGUGAUGCCUCUGAACGCUGCUGCUCAUGCAGAAGACUUGCAGGUCAAAGCUGGAAAACCCCAGACGAUGUUAGGCAGAGAUGGUGGGAAGAGGAGGGGAUGGAAAGGGUUUUAUGGAUCUGUUCAUGAUAUCUAUAGCUACCCUUGUGAAGACGGAGAUGUAGAACUUAUCAAGGACGCUUCUAUAAGUCUUGCAGCUCAUGGACAAUACAUUGAGAACAUACAUCUUCAACCCUACGAAAACGAAGCGGACUUCUACGCUAGGAUCUACCCUCUCUACAUCGCUUUGCUAAAUAAAGCAAAAGUAUACAUGGAAGAGACCAGAGCGGAACCAUCGCGAACAAUGGUGUUCAUAAGUGCAGGAUUCGAUGCUUGUGAACAUGAACAUCAGGGGAUGCAGAGACAUGAUAGGAGGGUUCCUACAUCAUUCUAUUCCAGAUAUACCAAGGACAUAGUCGCCUUUGCGGAUAAAUAUACAGAAGGGAAGGUCGUAUCUAUCCUGGAAGGUGGAUAUAGCGAUAGGGCUUUGACGAGCGCUGCGAUGGGUCAUAUAGUAGGGAUGAAAGGUGAUUUACCAAAGGAAUGCGAUGAGUGGUGGACCGAGCAGGAGUUGAUCAAUAUCGAAAAGGCGACAAAAAAGCGACGCACUGGCAGACUGGCUCCCUUUCCCUCUGAUCUCUCUUCCCAACCGCAUUUGCAGCGUACGCACACCCUAUUGGGUCACUUCGAAUGUGUUGGUACAGGCGGCGUGGAGUCUGUACCUCCCUCAGUCACUAGUACACCGCAACCACCCACUGCGCGAAUGACUUUGAGGGACAGAAGAAGACCGGAAGAUAUCGCUUUGCCUCCUAGUGCAGAUAACACCCCUGUCGCCAGAAGGGUUUUCAAGUCCAGGGGAGGAGGAAGUAAUGUCGCUACACCUACUAGAACCAAGGCUAAGAAUGACCUCACAAACACGCCUAUGCAUAUCACCAAACAAGCGAAAUCUACGACUACUACGCCGUAUGCUAAGGCUAAUAGAGGAUUGAAGGUGGAUAACAGUGUACCUUUACCCACGUCUCGCUUUGAGGUCCCCUUGGAGGGAAUAGUGAAGACGGAACAGGGGAUGGGACUGGAAGAAGCAUUGAAGGCUUUAGAGAGCGUGAAGUUGGAAGAUCCAUCCUUGGUGGAAAAUACAGUUCAACCAUCGAGUGCAGCCGGGAGCGCAUUAUCGCUGCCUAAGCCUGAUAUCGCCUUACCGCCUGUCGUCAAUGACCAUCAGAUGUCACGUCCUUCACUUUUCACUCAAAAUCCAAUACCCAAGAUAAUCCUUCGAAUACCUCGUCCUCCGACAUCACAACAACAGCCACAACAGACCGAACAGCCCCGCGCGUCCACAGCUCCAAAUUCGUCGAAUACUCUGCCUGAAACGACGAAUUCCAUCUACCCAUCACUUCCAGGUUCAGUGAAAGAGGAAGAUAGAUUAGCGUAUCGUGAGGGUUCGACGUCGACUUCUGAAGGUGGGACAGAGGGUGAGUAUACCACUGCUCCAAGUGGUGGUGAGAGUCCUUUACCUGGCGAUAAGGACGUUUCCACAUGA